AGUAUUGCGCAUUACACCGGAAAUUCAUUUAAAAUUGGUCGACCGAAGAAAAGGGCCGAUGGUACAUGAUCUCGUUUAUUUGAAUGGGAAUUCCCUUGAUGAUAAAGGAGGAUACAUUUUCUACCAUGAGAAGAUGAAGAGACAAGAGCGGACCUCUACGCCUGUGAAGGCAGUGACUGCCUUCCACAUGAAGGAGUCCAAGUCAGAAAAUUCGGGCUUGAGUUAUCAUCAGAAGGGAGCUCUGGUCCCAAAGCCGGCAGCAUCACCUCUGGGGAAAACGUACCUGAGCAAAAGCCAUGAAAACCUGUCCAGUCACCAAAAAAAGAAACUUGCUACACGGAUCGAUAAUCCACACCGACCAAAGUCAAGCUUGGGAAUCACAAAAGGAAGCUCAAGCAAUAAGGAGAAUAUGAUAAUUAAAGACAGAGAUGGUGUGUUUUUAAAACCCAAGCCAGUGAAAUCUGGAGGGGCAUCUACAAUUCGCAAAGCUUCUAGUACACAACAGCUGGACAAGACUGGUUCAACUACGCCAAGGAGUACAAGUGCAAAAAGUUCAGCAAUGAAACGUGCACACAGUUCUCACAAUGUGAGCAAGGACAAGUCUUCUAGGAAACGAACUUCUGCUCCUGCAGAUGUCAUGGCUUACAAUGCUGAAUUAUUGGCGAAUUUUGAAAAAGACAAGAAAGAGAAAGAAUCUCGAAUUUCAGAAUUGAUUCAAGUGGCAGAGAAUAGGAAAGCAGAGAUUGAGAAAUACAAAUACGAGACCAAACGUCUGAAAGAACAAAUUCCAACACAUGAUAUCAAAGAUGAACUUGAUUUUUUGAGGAAAGAAAAUACAUUGCUAAGGGAACAGUUACAAGAAUUGGGCUAUCCAGUAGAACAAAUUACAGACUCUGAAAAAUUAACCAUCUUACAGGAAAAGAAUGCAAAGAAACACAUAGAUUCAAGUGAUAGUAUUCCGAAAAGCAAGAGCUAUGAUAGUCUUGACACUGAAGAUGCUCAAGGAGUACGGUCCAUCAGUUGUAAGGGCGAGGGAACGGACAGGCCUGCUUCCAUAGCAGCCUCUGAGCCCAUUAUGUCCCUGACAGAUCAAGAAUUCUCACUGGAGAACAGUCAUUGGGAAAAGGGAAGUAACAAAAGCAGUGAUGCUCUCAGUGAGAUCUCUGUGGCUUGUCUGACUGAGCGUAUCUUACAAAUGGAAGAGACCCACUACAGCACAAAUGAGGAACUCCAGGCAACCUUACAAGAACUAGGUGAUUUACAGCAAAGUGUGAAUGAACUAAAUACAGAAAAUGAAAAACUUUUGGACCAGAAGUAUGUUCUUUUGGAAUCUCUCUGUACUCAGACAGAAAAGCUGGAGCACUGUCGAGUUCAGAUUGAACAGCUGAAAGCUCUGUUGAUCAGUGGCAAUUUUCCAGAACGUUCAGUACGAGAGCAACAGUUGUUGGAGUUGUUAAAAGGUGCUCAGGAUGAAAGGGAAGAAUUCUUGUGUAAGCAAACGGAACUCGUGAACACAUUAAAUGCCAGGGAGAAUGAGUGUAGGGAACUGGGUGAGUUGUAUGACGUCACUAAAGAGAAACUCCAAUUAUUAGAAGACAAAUUAAAUUCGUUGAAGUCAGAAAAGGAAAAUUGUAACGAAACCAUAUUGGAUCAAAAGAAAAUCAUUGACAAUGAAAAAAUUGAAAUGGACCAUUUGAAAACUUUAUUAGAAAAUGAAAAAUCCAAAGUUCAGGAAUUAGAGCAGUACUGCAAAGCAGCAGACAGCCAUUCUGAAUUGGAAGAACUUCUUCACAACACAAGACAAGAAAAGGACAAACUGGAAAGUAAAUUAGCAGACAUGAAGGAAAGUCUUCAACAUGCGCAGUGUGAACUAGGGAGAGUGAAAGAAACACUGACUGUCAAGGAGGAGGAACUAAAAGUCUGCAAGAACAAUGCUAAGACUCAAGUCCAGGACUUGAAAUACCGGUUAGAAAAACUAGAGAAAGGCAAAACAGACAGUUCAUCAGAACUCGGCAACAUGCGGGAACAUAUUGAGCAACUCAAGCAUGACUGUAAUAAACAUGUGGAGGAGAAGAACGAGUAUCUGAGCCAGUUAAGUGAGGCUCAGGAGAAGACUCUGUCUCUGCAGCAGGAGAGGGUGACUAUGGAGGCAGAGAUUCUGGAGCUGAAGAGUCGUCACACUGAGGAGUCUGAGGAGUGGAAGCAGUUCCAGAAGGAUCUGCAGGUGGCUGUUCUUGUGGCCAAUAACUUCAGAGCAGAAACACAGGAGGACAUGGAAAGGGUUCAACAGGAGAACUCUACAUACAAAGAAAAAUGUCGAGUGCUGACAGAGGAAAACAAGAAGUUGAUGGAUGAAGUUGACAGACUAAAACUCCACAGAAGCACAGAAGGAACUCCAAAAUCCAUAUUAUCGUCUGCUGAACUCAAAGGCAAGAUGUUGAAUUCUGUGGGUAAGGAGUUGGCUAAUCUGAGAGACAAACGCUCAGACCCUAAGACACAAAGCCAAUCUGUGAAAUCCUUAAUUCGUUCCAUUGAGGAACAGGUCAAAAGUGGCUGUUCCUCAAUUCAUUCCAGUACUUGCAAUUCAAGAAGAAAUUCAGACUGUUCCAUGGAUGAGGCAGUGCAAGGAAUGCCAUGUCUUCAUAACAUUGUUAAAUCUCCAAGUUCUCCCAUCUCCGAAAAUCCAUCUGUUUUCUCUUCCACCACGUCCCCAGAGGUGGCCUUGCGAUCAGUGCUCAAGAAACAGGUUGAGAAACCUUCACCUCUAAGACAUUCCGUAGGAUCUCUGACUUUUGACCCACCUCGAUCUCCGCUAGAUUCUUCACCAAAAUCUGCACCACCUGUGGUUAAAAACGAUUCUUCUCCUCUGAUGUCUUCCAUAUUGUCCAGGAGUUCACCAAGAAGAAGUAGUGUUGUUAAUAUGGAACCCGAGAGAAAGGAAUCAGGAACAAAGGAUCCCUUAGCCAUUUUGGCAAAACAAAUGGGUGGAUCUAAGCGUAAUGCUCUGCUGAAGUGGUGUCAGCAAAAGACUGUCAAAUACAGUAAUGUUGACAUCACCAACUUCAGUAGCAGCUGGAAUGAUGGUCUGGCCUUCUGUGCCUUGCUUCAUAGUUACCUGCCUGAUAAAAUUUGUUUUUCUGAGUUGAACACAGAGGACAAGAGGAAGAAUUUUACUCUUGCUUUUGAGGCUGCUGAGAGUGUUGGCAUUUCAUCAUCCAUUCUGAACAUUGGAGAUAUGGUUGCCAUGGAGCGUCCCGACUGGCAGGCAGUGAUGGCAUAUGUAACAUCCAUCUACAAACACUUUGAGCACGACGCAAAAACUCCAGAACGCACUUAAAAAAAUUACAGCACACUUCAAAAACAGUUGUCACAUGUCCAGUCAAUGAAGUCCAUUUUUCGAAUUUCUAUCAAUUGUACGUGGAUUUGUUCACUGCUUAGCUUUUUAUCUCACUGGUCCAUAGGACCAUUAAAAAUGCAAAGUUACUGGUCCUGUACCAGAUUUGUCUGCCCUUCUGGUGAUUCAAGAUUAAGUGUAAAAUACAUUUCUAAUGUUUUUGCCUUUGAUAUAUUUAUAAAUUGUAAUGAUAGCCAUUCCUCAUGAAUGUGCUGCAGUUGAGAACAAUGUACAUCUUGAUAAAUACAGUUCAUCUAUUUUUAUGGCUUGGAAUUCCAACAGAAAUGAAAGUAGAAUGUGAAUAUAAAAAAUCACAAUUUCUUUUAUGAAAAUAAUGAGGGUAUGAGCUGCAUUACUUCAUGCUGGCAUACUUAGAGCAAAAUGGAUUUUAUGCUUUACAACAUAAAUUUAUUAUUAUUUAUUAUUAUUAUUACUUCAUGAAGUGUGUUAGCACUUCAUGAAAAGUAUGCCAGCGUGAAACGAUGCAGUUAAGACCCUCAUGCAUUUUCAAAAAAUGAGAUGACGUAACUUUUAGUAUUAAUAGAUAUUAAAAUGUUUAUAAAUUAUUUUCAUUUAUUCAGAAACAAUAGACAGUCAUAAAGCAGGGCUAUAAUCAAAGAAAUCAGUCAUUCCAACUUCUUUUGAUAAAUUUUCCACAACUUCUGUAACAUCAAGACUCUUCAUAUCUCACAUCGUAAAGGACAUGGUUGGGAUGAAGGGCUCCUACCUUGUUCAUAAAAAAUUUCCUAAUUAAAUUGGAAAUUUAUAUGAAAUUUUAUUUCAUAACCUGAUCUAAUAUGGGGGAAGGUCUUGUUUUUUCAAAAACCAAACAUGAUUUAAACUGGCACAAUGGACAGACUAUGUUUUAAAUUUAUCAGUCCUCCAGAUUUUUGUCCUCAGUCCAAUAGACAGGCGUUAAGGUUGAACACUGAUACCGAAGGUUGUCCAUCAGACAGUUUGUUGGAAAACUCCGUAAAAUAUUUUCUAUUCCUUAUUAUUUCUAUAGCACUUUAUAUAAAUGUUAAAAUAGAAUUUCUAGUUUUUAAAUGGAUUUCAAAACAUUUUCUUUUUAUACACCAUAAUUAUUUUCCUAUCGUCUUUUGGCUCAUUCCACACUAUAUUUUUUGUAAGAGUGAUUAUUCUUGAGAUUUUUUAUUUGCAUAAUACUGUUGUAAAGGGACCAACUUGUUGACAGAAUUGCAUGUAAGUUGUAUGUUUUCUCUAACUGUCUCAAAUACUUCUUGAGAUUGAAACCAGCUGAAAUUUUGUGUUAUAGAAUUGUUGAAAUAGAAUUCUUGUUACUUUUUUUACUAUACUUGUACUAUUGAUUUCCGACUCAUUAAUUGCUUGUUUGGUACUUUAGUUACUAUAGAGUAGAAAUGUGAAAUUUUACAGCCCCGUGAUUCUAUGUUGACAUCCAUUUAACUAGUUUUUUAGUUCCCACUUAAAUCGAUAUUGUAAGAUUUGGCAUUUUUUGAAAUUUUACUUCCCAUAGAGUUGCAGUUUUGACAUGAUGCCAAGUAUUUUGUAGUAGUCUUUCCUGCUUCUCUUAUCUUCACCCGUUACAAUUGAUACUCUACAGUUAUGAGCCAAUCCAAUCCAUCCAGUGUUUGUUAUGUGCCACUUCCAAGUUGGAUUUGAUUUUUACUUGCCUUAGCUUUACCAUUUGGGCUUUGCAAGUAGUACAUGUAUAUGGUAUGGAUAUGAAUCUUCAAAGAAUGGCCCAGCUCAAGACAGAAAAAACAUACUUGGUAAAGAUUCUUGUUUUUGCAUGUAACAGAUAGACUUUCUCAUUCUUAAUGUAGCCUUAUAGUAGAUUUAUCACAAAUGUCACAGACUAUGCUUUUCUGGAAACAGUUGGACUAUAAUAGUUUGUACUGCUCAGUAAUAUAAGGUGGUUUUGGUCAUUUGUGUGUACCCAGUAAGCAUUUUGUUGAAAUUACAUAACCCUGCAUUCAUUUCAAAACACCUGUGUUGACCAAGUACUUUAGUCCCAUUGUAUAAUGUUAUUGAUGUUUGUAAAUCUCAAAGAAUGUAUUUUCAGUAUUAUUUUCAUAUGACUGGUAUUUAUAAGUAUUACUGUAAAUAGUAAUAGAUUUUAACCAAUUGCACAUUAAUAUUAAUUAACUACAUUGUAUGCCAUUUACAUUUAUGGCACAAUAUUUCGGCAAAAUUUUGAAAUCCGUAUUCAUUUUGUUGAUCCAGACUGUUUGACCUUUGUUUAAAGUUCAAGCACCAAGUUUUAUCAUACAACUGUUGGAUGCUACAAUGGCUCAUUAAUAUUCAACAUAAUUCUACAUUCAUUUCAUACAAUCAUCAUGACCAUAAUUACAUAGUAGUUUGCUCCAAGUCCAACAAUAUCCAACUUAUAUCCUUUGAUUUUACCCAUGUUUAGUUGAUUUGGUUGUAUGAGUGGGGUUUUUUUUUUUUUUUUUUUUACUCAAACCAGUUUGGAAAAAGCAAGCUAAUGCUAUAUAUUCAAAUUAUAUUGUUAUGUACAUAUAAGUGGCUGAUAUACAAGAAGUUGAAGAAAUAUUGAAUAUUGUAAAUCAAGAUUAUGUAGUUAAUCACACUUACACAGAGAAAUACUUCAUUUCUAAUAACUGGUACAUUUUUCAUUGUAUAUGCAUCAUGUUUACGCAACGUUCUUUGAUCUCAUUAGAAAUUUUGUUUUUGUAUGCAAGAUGAUAACAAUUGAUGACAUUGAGACCGAAUUUGUAAACAAUAAAUGCUAAUGUUAUGGAAAGGGUUUAAAGGACUACUGAAGAAAUAGACACCAGCACAAUAUCGGGGGGGGGGGGGGGGGGGGGGGUUACACCAACAAAAUUAGUUAAUUUUUCUUUUGGAAUGGCAACCCGAAUUAGAAAUAAUUUUCAAAUAUAACUCAGUAGCUAUAUUAAAACAAUAUUGCAUUGUGUUUGUGAUGUUAUGCAUCAUGAAUUUGUAUAGAAUGGGUAUCUCUUCCAUGUAAGUCUUUGAGAAUGUAUAAUUGCAGAGAUGUGUAGUUACAUAGGUGUGUUAUUACAUCAUUGUGUAAUUAGAGGUAUAGUUACACAUUUGUGUAGUCACAUAGCUGUGUAAUCACAGUGUUGUGAAGUUAGAGUUGACAAAGCAACAUGUUUAUAUAUGGAGUCUAGUCAUUGUAAAGGUUAUGUACUUUGUUUGCAUAAUUUGCUAAUAAAUAAUCUUGUUUUUAA